AUGGUUAGUUUAUCCAGGCACCGGGCAGGCAUGGAAAGCAGCGGAACUGUGUUUGAUUUAUGUUGGCCAUCUGUUGACAUCUUUACAACUUGAUCAUCAGUCUUGAACGUCAAGAUCGCGCGCAACAGCAUGGUUUCCCGCCACCUCUCAUUCUGGCAAAUGCACUAUGAGAUAGGCUAAGGUUUAAUGAAAUGGGCAGUUAUUGAACUGAUUUGCAUAGUAACUAUAGAUUGAAUGUUUGCAUUCUGUGUGGCUCUCUGGGCUUGGAUGAGAAUUCUCAGCAGUUUAAUAACCUGUACAACUGACUUUUGAUAAUAAUUUUAACUAUUUCGCUAUGUUUAGGCUAUAGCCUAGUGCUCGUGUUAUUCAUAUUUGAUGAGAUGAUUCAACUGGCAACAUUGAACGAAAGUCUACUCACUUAUUAUAGAAGUAACAUUGAACGACGGGCUACUCGCUUAUUAUAGUAGUAACAUUGAACGACAGGCUACUCACUUAUUCGCUACCGUGGUGGUGGUAGGCUACAUCGUCCAUCUUAGUCUCUCUCUCCCCUUCCCAACUCCUCUAUCUCCCUGUCUGUCACACACUCUCUCUCUCACUCUCUCUCUCACACAAAGUCCUGUUGAGCAAAUGAGCGCAGCUCCUAUUCGGGUCUUUGGAUUUUUCAGUGAGUGGCAUGUUUCAGAGCGUCUGACCAGCUUCUGUAUGUACAUGCAUGGACAGGACACGAUCUGAACCACUAUCGCAGACCACACUUGCAUCAAAAGCGCAUGGAAAGACUCUGAACACUGCAUUUGUGCCGACAGGCUGAGGCUCCACUGGGGGGAAAGGAAAGAGACCAAGACCCAAGAGAUACACUGACAGACAAGAAGAGAGAUAGCCUCAGUGGUCCCUAACUCUCUAACGGUAAGGGUAGCAGAGGAGACAUACAAGAGGCAGUGUGUUCAGGAGAGCCAAGGGCAUUUGGGCUGCGUUACCCCUUUAGCCCUCUAGUGGGAGACCUCCUCUCUCAUAUCAGGCCUGGAGGGACAUGGCCAUCUGAAAGACUCCUCUCUCUACCACCUUCCACCACUCCCUCUAUCAGUCUCUCUUUUCAACAACGUAACGCUAAUCAACCCUCGUUGCCAUGGAGAAGACAUACUCCCUCACGGCCCACUACGAUGAGUUCCAGGAGGUCAAGUAUGGUGGUCGCUAUAGCAGUGGCACCCUUAGCAACGGCAUGAGCCUGCACUUGGGUGGGAGCCUGGACCGUAAUGUUGGGCGGGGCCGAGGCAAAGGGGGUGGGGCUAGUGAUCGGAGUCGGGACCUGAGUGGCAUCAACAGCGGACAGGGACUUCCUCGAUGGAGCCGCAGGGAGAUCUGCCUGCUCUCUGCUCUAGUGUUCGCUGCGGGGAUGUGUGUCAUCCUGGGCAGCAUGCUGGCACUCAAAUACAUCUCCCUGGACUUCCAGCAGGAGGCGCACUGCAGACAGGACUGCCAGAAGAAACGCUCGUUAGUCCGAGCUGCACGCUUCGUCCAGGCCAACAUCGACCCCACCAUCCAGCCCUGCCAGGACUUCUACAGCUUUGCCUGCGGCGGCUGGCUACGACGCCAUGGCAUCCCAGAGGACAAGCUGAGCUACGGCAUCAUCACCGCCAUCGGAGAGCACAACGAGGAGAAGCUACGACGCCUCCUGCUGGAGCCCGUGCGCCGGCACACCGUGGACUCGGCUGAACGCAAGGUGAAAGAGUUCUACCGCUCCUGUGUGAACAUCCAGGAGAUUGACAAGCUGGGGUCGGGGCCCAUGACAGAGGUGAUUGACAGCUGUGGCGGGUGGGACCUGGUUGGAGUGCCCUCUGGUGGUGCGGGGUGGGAGAGCAGUACUGCACCAGCCAGACCAGACUUUGAUGAGCUGCUCUAUAGGACCCAGGGGGUGUACAGCACAGCUGUUUUCUUCUCUCUCACUGUCAACGUAGACGAUAAGAACUCCUCACGCAACGCUAUCAGGAUUGAUCAGGAGGGGCUCACACUGCCUGAGAGGACUCUGUACCUGGGGCAGGAUGAGGACAGUGUGAAGAUCCUGGCAGCUUACAAGGCCCUGAUGGAGCGUCUGCUAAGCAUGCUGGGAGCUCACAAUGCCACUCAGAAGUCCAAAGAGAUCCUACAGCUGGAAACACGCCUGGCCAGCAUCACUGUGUCUGAGUAUGAUGAACAGAGAAAGGACAUCAGCAUUAUGUACAACCGCAUCACCCUGAGAAAACUACAGCACAUCGCUCCCAGUCUGCACUGGAAACGUUUGUUGGACAGAAUCUUCCAUGAUAACUUCUCUGAGGAUGAAGAGAUUGUGGUGUUGGCUACUGACUACAUGGAGAAAGUCUCAGAGAUCAUCAAUACUACCUCCAAAAGGGUUCUCCAUAACUACAUGCUGUGGCGGAUUGUAGCAGCUCUCAGUGAACACCUGUCCACGGCGUUCCGAAGCACCAUCCAUGAGUUUUCCCGGGAGAUUGAUGGUACGGAGCGUCAGCUGGAGCUGGGGAUGCUGUGUCUCACCCAGGCUAACAAACACUUUGGCAUGGCCCUGGGAGCACUCUUCGUCAAGCAACACUUCUCCUCUCACAGCAGGGCCAAGGUACAGGAGCUGGUAGAGGACAUAAAGCACUCACUGGACCUCCGGCUGCAAGAGCUGGACUGGAUGGAUGAGGUGACCAAGGAGGCAGCCAGGGCCAAGCUGCAGCAUAUGAUGGUGAUGACAGGCUAUCCAGACUUCCUCCUCAAACCAGAGCUCAUAGACCAGGAGUACGGGUUUGAUGUGGAUGAAAAUACCUAUUUCAAAAACAUCCUCAACAGCAUCAAGUUCAACAUCAAGAUGUCUGUCAAGAAGAUCCACAAGCAGGUGGACAAGACUGCGUGGCUCCUUCCCCCUCAGGCCCUCAAUGCCUACUAUCUCCCAAACAAGAAUCAAAUGGUAUUUCCCGCUGGAAUCCUUCAGCCCACGCUGUACGACCCCGAGUUUCCACAAUCUCUGAACUAUGGAGGAAUAGGAGCCAUCAUUGGUCAUGAGCUGACACAUGGAUAUGAUGACUGGGGGGGCCAGUAUGAUCGCUAUGGCAACCUGAAGCAGUGGUGGACGGAGGAUUCAUACAAGAAGUUUCAGAAGAAAGCAGAGUGCAUCGUCAAACUCUACGACAACUUCACGGUCUACAACCAGCGGGUGAAUGGCCGUCUGACUCUGGGGGAGAAUAUAGCAGAUAUGGGAGGCCUUAAACUGUCUUACUUUGCAUAUCAGAAGUGGAUCAGAGAACAUGGUCCAGAAAGACCUCUCCCUGGACUCAAAUACACACAUGAACAACUACUCUUCAUCGCCUUCGCACAGAACUGGUGUAUGAAGAGACGGUCUCAGUCCAUAUACCUGCAGCUACUGACUGACAAGCACGCACCAGAGCAUUACAGGGUGAUUGGCAGCGUGUCCCAGUUUGAUGAGUUUGCCCGAGUGUUCCACUGUCCAAAGGGUUCCCCCAUGCACCCUGUCGACAAAUGUUCUGUAUGGUGACCCCUCAACACUGACCUCUGAACUUCACCACCCACCAACAACUAGAACUUACCUGUGACUUGAACUAAACUCUUCUAACCAACCUAUCAGACAUAUGUUCAGUUUCACUUUUACUUCCAUCUCAAUCCUGGGACUACCUUUUAUCACAGAAUUUGCAAGCAAAUAAUGUCAUCACCACCAGGCAAAACCAUGAUCACUUCACUAUCUACUCAUGUAGACAUCCAGUGCUUGACUUGGGCAGGAGCUCCCCAGAGCAGAGUACCGGCACCUCAAAUUUUCUACUGCUUGAGCUCCUGAUUCUCUUAUAGAAUAUUAGCUCAAAGUAUUGUGGAGCUCUUACACCAACAUGAGUACCUGCACCUAUUUGAGUACCUGUACCUAUUUAAAGGUCAGCACUCAUUUAAGCAUAUCAUUUAAUUAUAUAUUUGUAGAUAUACAUCUAUUUUUUACAACAGAUGUACUGUAUCAUGGGAUUACCUUUUUGGUUUUGAGUUGUGUGAUGUCAAUUCAUUAUAAUUAUUUGAAUCACUUUUGACAGUAGUCAAGUGUUAUUAAAUCCAAUUUAAUGCAACAGGUUCAGAGUUGGUGUUAUCAAGAACUUUGUGUAGAAGGGAUUGGGAAUGGGGAUUGUACUGCCUGAAUGACAGUGGCCAGUAUGGACUGUACUCACUGGGAUCAGUGUGUUGCCAAUGUUUUUGUGAGUCUUUUCUAUGAGGUAAAUAGUGGACACCGUGCUGCCAUGCUGCCCUCAAGUGGCUGAACAAAGAAGUGGUCUCCACUGUGGAGUCCUUGUUCGUCUUGACUGUUGUUUCUUGUCUGGCCUUGGCCUUGUGGACAUCAUUGGAAUGGUGUUACUGUGAGUAUGUGUGUGUUUGUACGGUUUUGAAGGUCCCUUUUCUAAUGAGAGUGGAAUCCAUAGUGACCUUUUGCUCAGGAUUUGUAGCUAAGUGUGUCCAGAGGCCAAAGUGCCAAAAAAUAGUGAUGGAACAUCAUGGAUUAGUCCGACUAAACCCUUAACCCCUCUACUCCUACCUUAGUGUACAUCAUGGUGAACUAUGCUUCUCGAUGCACCGGAUACUCCAAACUCCUCACAACCCCAUGUCUCACUGUCACACCCUAGAGUAUAGAUUCUUUAUCAAGAAGACUGUGUUUCUAAGAUGGAAACAUGGUCCUGUUGAACAACUUCAUCUAUCCUAUUGGACAACUUCAACUGAGAGUCAUUUCGAUUUGACAUUAUGGACUCGGAGCCCUUCCUAUUGGAUUAUGUUAACUCCGGGGCCUUCCUUUAUGCAGCACAUACUCUCGCUGAUGAACUCUGAUGAAUGCCCCUGGCCUGGUCUGCAUAGCCAAGAAGCUUUCAAAGGAAGGAUCAAUAUGACUGAUAUUCCACGGUCAUAACAAAUCAUCUACAUGCUGUACACACAAACUGUGACUCCAGUCAAGUCAGAGAAAAAAAAGAAAACACAUUUGUACAGUGAUAUAAAAAAUAUAUUAUAAUUUUGUAUAAAGAAUCUACAAUUAAGAACAAUCUAUGUAUAAGUUAUAAUUGUACAGUUCUUUUUCUGAAAACAGCAUGUUCAAAACCAGCUUUACAGUUAAGACUGAGAUAAAAAGAUGACAUCACACACAGUUCUCAGCAUUCAGCUGCCAUGUCAUAUAUGUGGCUGCUAUCUCAUAUAUGUGGCUGCUAUCUCAUAUAUGUGGCUGCUGUCUCAUAUAUGUGGCUGCUGUCUCAUAUAUGUGGCUGCUCGUGCUCGCUCAUAUUUCUUGGUGUUAAAUGUUUUAAAUAAAUAAA